GAGCCGGUGGUGAUCAGCUCCCGGCGGUCGGCACGCAGUCGGCGCCUGCUCUCAGUGACACACACACACACACACACUGCCUGCCACCGCACACCCGCCGGACAGUGGAGUAAUAGACGACCGAGACACCCACCGGAGUGCCUCGCUGGCAGGGGACGGCUCCGGGCGGCCCUGCCUGGCAGUGGCGCCAUUUGAACGGCCACACUCUGCCUGCUGAAGUGUGGGAAGACGGUGACUACCGCCAACGCUGCAGGAUAGUACUAACACCGAUCAGAGAACCCUCGAGGUCAAGAUGGAGUCGUUCGAGUCUCUUCUGACGUGCUGCAUCUGUCUGGACCGGUACCGUAACCCGAAACUGCUGCCAUGUCAGCACACGUUCUGCAUGGAACCCUGCAUGGAGGGGCUCAUCGACUACGUCAAACGUCAGGUCAAGUGUCCAGAAUGCCGGGCGGAACACCGGAUUCCGUACAAAGGAAUCCAGGAGUUCCCGAGCAAUGUGACGAUGCAGCGGUUUAUCGACAUGCACUCGGAGAUAUCGGGCGAACUGCCCGACCCAACAAAAGGCCAGGUCAUGGAACGAUGUCAGGUAUGUAACGAGAAGGAAUAUUUGCAACCAUGCGCUCACUGCGACAAGAAGAUAUGCGCGGAAUGCAAGUCGGCUCACGUUGACGUUCUGAAGCGGGAGCUGACUCGCAUCAACGGCCAGGUGCGGCGCGGCCUGCACCGACUGCAGGACAUCUACGACGCCAUUGACAAAAACGCCAGCACGGUGCAACAGAACUGCGUGGCCGUCCGAGAAGAGGUGGAAAACAUCGGUCAGAGGCUCAUCAAGGCCAUCCAGGAUCGCACCGAGUAUCUGAAGGCGGAGGUCGACUCGCACAUGGCCAAUGAAGUACGGAAUCUGAACACACUUAAGAGUAAUUUGGAGCAAGAGAUCGGCAACAUAGAGAGUAACUCUGAGCUCGCUGAGAAGCAUCUCAAUGAUCAGAUCGAGUGGGAUGAUGCCGAGCUGACGGACGCCAAGGACAUCUUCCUCAAGACGGUCGAGUUCAUCCGCAACUUUGAGCACGAGAUGCCGACGGGCGGCGACUCGCGGCGUCCGGUGCGGUUCUCGGCCGCCCAGGACCCCGGCUCCCUCAGCCGGACUCUGGAGCACUUUGGAGAGCUCAACAUCGGGGCCAGCAAACAGCCGGCGAUCACCGACGGCUCGAGUCAGGGUUUCGGCGGCGGCGGCGGGUUCCCGGCGCUGAUGGCCCCCGGUCCGGGCGGGCCCGGUCUGAUGCGCAGCAAGUCGGACCACCGGCUGGUGGCGGCGCUGCGACACCAGGAGGAGCGCGGGUACGGCUACGGAGACGAGUCGGGACGCUCCUCACCCGUCAGCCGGCGUCGGUUCGGCGAGCGGCCCGAGCGGAAGGCCAGCGACGCCGGUCUGCUCGGCGACGACCUCUCGUACGACGCUCCCAGCGAGCGGCGCCACAAGUACCGGUCGCGGUUCACCCGGCGCCACCUGGACGCCGACGAUGACAUGGAGAGCUACCGGCCGGAGCCGUACGCGGCGCAGGCCGACGCCUCUAAAGAGAAGAAGAAGGAGCGAGAGAAGGUGCUCGAUACUGACGAUGCGACAAAGGGUCCUAUUAGUGGCAUUGCUCGUAUUCUCGACGUACCCAAAGUCAUUCAAAAGGUUGUGGAGGCCGAAAGACCGAAGAAGAAAAAGGAAGAGCCAAAGAAAGAAGCUCCGGCUCCAAAGCCCGCGCCCGCUCCGGCGCCCUCGUCGGCUCCCUGGCGUCGGCAGAAGAGUGAGGAUGACGAAAUCGCUAAAAUCAAGAAGAUGAACCAGGAGGCUGACGCGCGAUGCCAGCGAGGUGCUACUGGGGCCACUGCCGCUGCUGCGACAGCAGAGACCACACCCACCAGGACAGCGCAGCCUUCUGCGGAGCGGCGCACGUCCCAGGUCACACCGGCCGCCGCGCCAUCAGCCCGACCAGCCGCUGGACGCGAGGAGCCGAGCAGCGAGGUGGACGAAUCUCGGCGGCGCACCAGCCGGGCUGGCGGUCAGUCCGCGGACAACAGCCGCGGCGGUAUCGCGGACUGGAUUAACGAGCCGUUCGAGACUCCGAGCAGUCGUCGGUCCGCCCCGGCGCCCGCCGUCGCCCCGGCUGCCCCCGACACCUCAGCGGCGAGCGAGCAGCCGCAGCGCCGAGCCACAGCGCCGGCCAGACGUCCGUCCGUGUCGCAGAGCUCUGAGUCUCAGUCGUCUGAGUCGGCAGAGGAACCGAGCACCCCGGCCCGGCCCUCCCAGCCGCCGACCCCAGCGGCAGCGGCCCCUGUAGCGGCCACCGCUGCGCCGGAGCCCGUGGUCACUUCGCCUCCCGCCACCCCGUCCGGCGUCGCCACCGGCCGGCCGCGCUUCCAGAGUCGCUUCCUGGGCCGCGCCAGCACACCCAAGGCCGACGAGCAGGGAGAAGCGGAGACCAGCAGUGGAUCUGACUCGGAAACGGACUCUGAUACGGAUACCUCGUCCGACUCAGAUUCAGAGUCCGAGUCGGAGUCGGAGUCUGAGGCGAAGCCGGCACCUCGUGCUGUUGAUCCAGUCGCGGCGCGCCCCGGCGUCGCGUCUCAGUCCGCUCGCGGAGCCGGCGCCCGCAGAAACACGGCUGACUCGGUGACCGCUGCCUCAGUCAGUUCUCCGUCAGUCGCCGGCAGACGUUCGUACGGCGACCCCAGCCCGGCGACCAGUCGCUACUCGAGCCGCUACGGCAGCGACGCGGAGCCGACGCCGCACGAGACGCGCUACGGCGAGUACGGCGGCGGACAGAGCAGCGCGCUGACGCGGGCGCGCACCUCCUCUGCCGCCGACACGCCGCCGCGCACGCACCAAGUGGAAAACAACUACGCGGCCUACGCGGCCAAGUUCAGCCGACCGGCGUCCCAGCGGCCCACCAGCAGCGACUUGGACUACUCGUCCGCCGCAUCGCCACGCUAUUCCUCAUACACGUCACGUUUUUUAAACCGGAGUAAGAGCUCCGCUGCGCUAGACGCGCCGGAGGAGGCGACUCGCCCGUCGGGCGACUCGGUCUCCUCCGGCCCGGCCGCCGCCGCCGCGGGCGGCAGUCGAACUGAUGGCACGUCCAGAUAUGCGUCCGCCCAGGAACGCCGAUCUUGGCUUGCCCGCAGCGGGAGCUCUUCGGAGCAGGGUGACGAGCAGGAGCGCGGCUCGCGCGGCAGUCCGGCCGUGGCGCGACAGACCAGCGGCGACAGCGGUACGGACGGAGAGCCGGCCGGCGACUCGGCCACUGGAUCACGGAACGAGGCGCUGAGCAGCUGGGCGCAGUAUCUGAAAAACAAGUACGGCUACAAGAACAGCAGGGACCCCGGCAAGGAAACGAGCAAGGUGAUUCCUCGCAGUAAGUCUUCCCACCUGGUGAGCCUGCCGGUGGGCCAGCUGUACGGCGACAUCAACACCGACCGAACCACCACCUGCCAGUCUCCGCCGACCUCGCCCAUCUUCGCGGGGAGUCCGCUGCUCGGACCCCGCUCACAGUACCUCCAGAAGGGACGCCUCAAGUUCAAGCUGGGCUCCCGCGGCGGCGGUCCGGGCUGCUUCACCUGGCCCCGCGGCAUCGCCGUCGGGCCCGACAACUCGAUCGUCGUGGCCGACAGCAGCAACCACCGCGUGCAGGUGUUCGACCAGCAGGGCACCUUCGUCAAGGAAUUUGGCCAGUACGGUAACGGGGAGGCCGAGUUCGACUGUCUGGCCGGCGUGUCAGUCAACCGGAUCGGACAGUUCAUCAUCUCCGACAGGUAUAACCACCGUAUCCAGAUAUUUGACCCGUCGGGCCGGUUCCUGCGCUCGUUCGGCCAGAACGGUACCAUGGAGGGCCGCUUCAACUACCCGUGGGGAGUGACCACGGACGCGCUCGGCUUCAUCUACGUCUGCGACAAGGAGAACCACCGCGUCCAGGUCUUCCAGUCGGACGGCACGUUUGUGGGCGCCAUCGGCUCGGAGGGGCACACACCCGGCCAGCUGGCGCACCCGCACUACAUCGCCGUGAGCGCCACCAACCGGGUGGUGGUCACCGACAGCAACAACCACCGCGUUCAGGUGUUCGACGUCAACGGAAAGUGUCUCAACACAUUCGGCGGAGAAGGCGGCGAGGAGGGCAAGUUCAAGUUCCCCAGGGGUGUGGCCGUCGACGACCAGGGCUACAUCAUCGUCGGCGACUCUGGCAACAACCGGAUCCAGGUGUUCGAGCCGGACGGCACGUUCCUGAAGGCGUUCGGCUCCUGGGGCAGCCAGGACGGAGAGUUCAAAGGCCUGGAGGGCGUGGCGGUGAUGACGAACGGCAAUAUUCUGGUCUGUGACCGCGAGAACCAUCGCGUGCAGGUGUUCUAAAGCGCGCUGUUGUUCUCGUCGGUCUCCCUAGUCGCCAGAUGCGCCGCCAAGUUAACCGCUACCGGGUAGGCGCCGCGCUGACUCAUCUCCAGCAGCUGAGCCACUAGUCAGAAACUCGUGUACCGCGGUCGCAACGUUAUAUAAUACGGAUUCGGUUACAGUGCGACGGCAGAGGUGUAACAGUGAUAGCUACGACGGGACGGCGGCAAGCGAGCUUUGUUUAACCACUGGUGAUCUGUAUGCAGUUCGUUCAAAUGAAAGUGUUAUUGAUAAAUAUAUGACAUUAACUCAAAAA